AUGUUUAAAGAAUCAAUAUUUCAAAGCACGAAAACAAAACUUGUGUGGAGUUAUCUGCCAAUGCCAGUCCUCUCGAAAAAUGGAGCUCUGGACGGAGAAUUUAUUAAAUCGGGGACUAACACUUGUAAAAUAAAAAAAUACAUUUUGAUACAAAAUAUUUUAGGUUGUUACACAAAAAAAGUAUUCUUAAAUAUAUUUAGAGUACCAUCAAAUGGAUAAAUUAUGAAAACUCAUUGAUAGAGGUAGUGCGGGACAAAAUGCUUGGAGAAGGGAUAUCUCUGACUAAAGGAGAGACUCUCGUUCUAUAUGGAGAAACAGAAAUCUGGUUCAAUUAUAUGAAAAGAUGGUGCAUCCAACAAGGGUUCUCAAAUACGUACAAAAUAUUGGAAAAGAUAGGCAAGGGAAAUCAAGCAGAAGUACAACUAAAUUUUAUUCAGGUUUAUAGCUGUAGAUACCAAUUGGGAGAUGAAAAAUUUGCUGUUAAAUAAUAUUCCAAACACAAAUUAACAAAUCGAUUAGAUAAAAUAGCCCUUUUAAAAGAAAUUUCUAUCUUGCGCCAAGUCCAACAUGAAAAUGUAGUUCACCUCUAUGAAGUUUUUGAGAAUGAAGACACCAUAUAUGUUGUGAUGGAAUUGCUGGAAGGAGGAGAUUUGUACGACUACUUAAAAUAGCCCAACUCCUUUCUCAAUGAAAAAUAGUUAGCCAGUUUCAUAUAUAGACUAUUUAAGGCUAUUUUGUCAUUCCAUAAAUUUGGCAUUUUGCACAGAGAUCUCAAACCAAAAAAUAUCAUCCUAAGGAAAUAAAGUCUGUCUUAAUUUUGCGUAGCCGAUUUCGGUUUGGCAGACUAUUUUAAUAAGGAUGGGAAAUACUUAUUUUAAAGAUGUGGAACACCCGGGUUCGUAGCCCCUGAAAUCUUGAGGGAUGAAUUCUAUGAUUUUAAAGUGGAUGUCUUUAGUGUAGGUGUAAUAAUGUAUAUUAUAAUUUCUGGGGAGGAACCAUUUGCAGGUGACUACAAUGAAACCAUAACCAAGAAUUAUUAGGGUUAGGUGGACGUAACGAAUUUGAAAAUCAGUGAGUAAGGAUUACUCUUUUUGAAAUCACUGUUUGAAGUUAAGGAACUCAGACCCACAGUCAAAGAAGCCAUGAAUCACCAAUGGUUCAAGCAGGAGAAAAUAGUCACUGAGAAAUACAGAAUUCGCAUCAAAGAACCUUAGAUUAAGUAAGCGUAAUUGUUUCUCCCUUCAACAAGAGAAACUUUGGCUUCCUCACAUAGUCAAUUCUUAAAGCCAAUUAGAACUGCCUCGUCAACGAGAAAUUCAAAUUAUCGUCUAAGUCCUAUAGGUUCAUAGAAGCCAAAUAAAACUCCGAAUCCCAGUCCAAGUCUCAAGAGGAAAUCCCUCAAGUGAAUACCUUAUUACUGUGACCCAAGC